AGUUUCAACCGCACCGAUUGUGAGAAUGAGCGAGGGCAGCGUUCCUCCAACAGACUUCAAGACUCUUUUCGGAAAGACUCUCUACAAGGAUGGAGUUGGCGAAGUUGGUACCGAGAGCAGUUUGAAGGACGUCCAGCACAUCGGAGUCUUUUUUGGAGCGGCUUGGUCGGGCUCUUGCAAACAAUUCAUGCAGCCUCUCGUGCAAGUGUACAAGAAAUUGACGGAAGAGAAGAAGAAGUCCUUCCAGAUCGUUUACGUUCCAGCGACAGUGCCCGGCCGCCCUGCAGAGGAUGAGGCCUCGUUCAAAGAGCUUAUGUCCAUGAUGCCUUGGCUUGCUGUCCCGUAUCAUCGCAAGGCAACCCACAAGAAGUUGACCCGAAGAUUCCAAGUGCGCCAGAUCCCCAUGCUGGUCCUCCUGGACACGGAAGGAAAGACCAUCCACCGUGACAUCACUCCUGCUGUCACACACAUCGUUGAGGACCAUGAUGGAGACUCGUUUGCCGAUCAGUUUCCAUGGGCUGAGAAGAGACAUAGCAACAUCAAGAACAUGCUUGGAAGCCACUUCUUGAAGGGUGACAACAGCCAGGUACCACUCUCGGCCCUCGACGGAAAGUACGUUGGUGUCUUGUUUUCUGCAAAUUGGCACUGGCAAUGCCGCCGAUUCCAACAGAUGUUGGAGUACAUGUAUGACAAGCUCAAGCAAGAUGGAAAACCAUUCGAGAUUGUUGACAUGGACUUUUCUCCAGAAAUGCAAUGGCUUUCAAUGCCUCACGAUUCUUUUGAAGCUAAGCACAAGCUGGGCGAAGCGUUCCGUAUUGAUCAGUGCCCAAUGCUCGUGAUCAUCGAUCCUGAGGGCAACGUGGUCACAACGGAAGGUGUUGAAAUUGUGAGCAAGGACACUGAUGGGGAAUGCUUCCCAUGGACACCCAAGCCGCUUUACGAUCUUUCAACACUUGAACCAGAGAUUCUUGGAGAGAUGAACGACACCGUCACCUGUGUGAUUUUGUGCGAGGGCUGCGAUGAGAACACCAAAGCAGAAUUGGCCGACGCUAUGAUGCCCGUCGCAACUGAGGCGUUCAAUGCUGCCAAAGCAAGUGGAUGUGAAGCAGGAAUGCUGUUUUUCACUGCCACGGAGACCAGCGAAGUGGUUUCGCAACUCCGCAUGUCCUGCGAGUUGGGAGAACCAACAACAACACCUCAACUUGUAAUCCUUGACAUCCCCGACUCUGGGGCAUACUACGUGUUUGAUGGUGAUAAUAUUACCACUGAGAACAUCUCGUUAUUCAUCGAGGACUAUGAUGAAGAGCGUCUUGAGCGCAAGGAGCUUCAGGGGAAGAGGAGAAUGGAGACCAGUAACUGACCCUACUUGCACUAGCUCUGCUCUCUAUGAUUUGCUAGUUAACUUCUGUGAUCCUUUGG